AUGGAACUCAUUGGAAUCACUGAAGAAGAUUUUUCAAUGCAUCCCAUUGCAUGUUGUAUUCUUCAAGAGUUAAAUCAUUUAACAAGACUCUUGUUAACAUUAAAUGCAAUGACGAUCUCGUACUCAUCCGAGGUUCCAAACGGAAGCAAUUUCGGCUGCUUCUGGAAAAUAUUAUGGAAAUGGCGAGGUAGCGUCUACAAAUUGGUAUGGCGAGAGUUGCUAGCAUAUUUGAGUCUUUAUUACACAAUCAAUUUUGUGUAUCGAUAUGCACUCAACGAUGAUCAGAAACGAGUCUUUGAGAAAGUUCGUCAAUAUUUUGGAGCUCAAAGUGGAUCAAUUCCAAUGAGCUUUGCACUAGGUUUUUAUGUCAAUCUUAUUGUCAAACGUUGGUGGGAACAAUACAGACUUUUACCAUGGCCUGACACUUUGGCCUUAUUCAUCAGUGCAGCAAUUCCUGGAAAUCAAGAAAUCGGGAGACUUAUGAGACGAAACAUCAUGCGCUAUAUGGUGUUGUCUUAUGUGAUAACUUUACAGCGAAUUUCCUUGCGUGUUAAGCGUCGCUUUCCUGGUCUUCAACAUCUGGUCGACUCAGGUUUAAUGCUUGAGAGUGAACGGAAAAUCUUCGAAAUUAUGGACGCUAAAAGUCCAAUGUCAAAAUAUUGGAUGCCAUUGAUAUGGGCAACAAAUAUUAUCAAUCGAGCAAGGAAAGAUGGACUCAUUCAAUCAGAUCACAUUGUACAAACAAUCCUUGUGGAACUUUCCGAUAUUCGUCGAAGGUUAGGGGGGUUGAUUAGCUAUGACACUGUUCCUGUUCCACUUGUUUAUACUCAAGUGGUCACACUUGUGCUUUACACUUAUUUUAUCGCAGCAUUAAUGGGAAGUCAAAUGGUACCACCAGUUUCAACCACAGGUGGAUCGAAAUACGAAGAUCCCGACUUAUAUUUCCCCUUAUUUACAGCACUUCAAUUUUGUUUCUACGUUGGAUGGUUGAAGGUUGCUGAAGUUCUCAUUAAUCCAUUUGGUGAAGACGACGAUGAUGUUGAGCUGAAUUGGUUGAUCGAUCGUCAUAUUAAGGCGUCAUACAUGAUCGUCGACGAGAUGCAUGAAGAACAUCCGGAAUUAUUGAAAGAUCAAUAUUGGGAAGAAGUUGUUCCGAAGGAUUUGCCAUAUACAGUGGCAUCUGAACAUUAUCGUCGUACAGAGCCCAAGGGAUCGGCGGAAAUGUACAAAAUAAAAGAAGCUGAUGCAGUUUAUGCUAACAUCAUGCCGGGAAAUAGAAGAUUGAAUGAUGAUGUCUACGCCGAUUAUGAAAGCGUUGAUACACCAAUGGUUGAACGUCGUAAGAACUGGUUUAGUCGUCAAAUGCACCGAAUGGGAUCGAUGCGAAGUUCAUCAACCGCUUAUUCAUCUGGUGGACUUUUCAAUAGAAACCGAUUGAAUUCGGCAGUUUACUCAAGUCCCGAGGCUGGCUUAGUCGGAUCAAAUCAACCGCCAUCGAACAAUCUUUUAAAUAAAUUCCGAAAGUCGGGACGCCAACGAACCUUCAUGAAGCAAAAAUCUGAUUCUGUGAAUAAUACAUUAUCGUCAAGUCCACUUGCACAAAGUAAAUCUAUUCUUCCACUCAAUCUCACAUCAACAAAUGCACAGUUUGGAUCGCUUGUGAUACCAACAAGUACUAAUCAAGAUCCUGAUGUAAAAGCAACAAAUUCUUAUGUAGUGACAAGUGAUACUGGAAUAAUUCCUGUUUCAAUUACAACAGUGCCUUUUACGAUUUCUCCGACAAGCACAAAUCAUUCAACAUCACAAUCGAUUGGACCCAUUAUAACUCACUUACCAUUGGAUCUACCGAGUUCACCAGAAACAUUACAUUUAGGAUAUGAAGAUGAAGUUCCAGUUCUAAGGCAACCAAAAAGAAGACAUUCGGUGGAUUCAAAUCGUUCUGGAAUUUUGGAAAAUUUUAAGAAAAUGUUGACAACAAAUAGUAGAAAUAUUGAAGUUUCAGAUAUUUCGGUCAGUUUACAAGAUAUUUUCGCUGAAUAUAACCAAUGCAAUCUUCUCCAAAAGUGUCGCCUAUGCUUUAAUUCGACAGGAUAUAUUCAAACAAAAUUGAGUAAAAAGUACAAAAUUAUAAUAAAUGACAUCCUUCAAGUUCAACUUAUGUACUCGUCAAAAGCAUCAAAUUUUCUAUGUCAAAGUUGUGUCCGCAGUGUUGAGAGCUUUCAUCGUUUUAAAAGUGAAAUCAGAGAAAAACAAUCUUACUUUACAAAAUUCCAAACUUCAAAUUAUUCGGAAAAAGUUGAUCAUAAUAUUGAUCAAAACACUGUGUUGAUUAAAACUGAACCCGAAGAAAGUUCUUUACUAACUUUUUACCAACCAACUACUGAUUCGCUUAUUGAAAGUUGUUUGUUUAUUAAAACAGAACCCUCUGAAGAACUAUUAGAAGAAUUUAAACCAGUAAUUCAAUACAACAGUAAUGAAGAUAAUAUUUCCGGAGACAAAACCCAAUCUGUCGAUGCAUCGAAAAUAUUUCCCUCCAAUGAAAAACAUCAGAGAAUCAUUGAAAUAUAUUUGGAAAAUCCUCACCUUUCUACCAGAAAGAUUUCAAAACUAAUUGGGAUUGGACGAACAACUGUUGGCCUUGUGAUUCGUAAAUAUAAAUCAAUGGUUUCAAAUUUUAAAGAAAUAGAUGAGAAUUCUGAAAUCACUUCUCAAAUGUCUGAAAAACUAUCAAAAGGUGAUCAAUGUUAUUCUUCUAAAAGAGAAUUAAUCCAUGAUGAAAAGAAAUCUAAAGGACAAGUUCCAAAAAAGGCUAAAGUCAAAAACUUUAAAUGCGAUGACUGUGAUAAGACAUUUCGCAUCGAAAGUCAACUCAAAAGACAUUCCCUUGUUCAUCUUAACAAACCCAAAUCUGAUUCUUCUGAUGCUAUGCCCAAACAUGAGAAAAUUCACAUCAUGGAGAAUGAGAUGAAUUCUGCAUCUGACAACAAAAAAAUGGUUGAUCCAUCGGAAAUAUUUCCCUCCAAUGGAAAAUAUCAGAGAAUCAUUGGUACGUGUUUGGAAAAUCCUCACCUUUCUGUUAGAAUGAUUUCAAAUCUAAUUGGAAUUGGACGAACAACUGUUGGCAAUGUGCUUCAAAAAUAUAAAUCAAUUAUACAGAAUGAUGGAAAAUCUGAUAAGCAUUCUGAAUAUUUGCCUUGUGAAAUUUGUGGAAAGCUUUUAAAAAGAGGAUAUGUUACAGAUAUGCAUAUUAGGAGAGUACAUCUAACUUCAUCACCGAAAGCUUCAAAUUUAUUAUGCCAAAGUUGCAUCGUCAGCAUUGAAAGCUUUCAUGCUUUCAAAAGUGAAAUGAGAGAAAAACAAUUUUGUUUUACAAAAUUUUUAUCUUCAAGUAACAAUUUCACAUCUUCCUCUGUUGAAUCAGAUUGUAAGAUUGACCCUAACGCAAUUUUAAUCAAAGCUGAACCUGAAGAUAGCUCAGAACUCUUUCUUCACCCCAGCGAUGAAUUUUAUUUUGAAACUUUAUCUGGAGAUGGUUUGGUUGAAAACGAAACCAGAAAGAAAACAAAAAUGAAGAGAAAAACCAAAAAUGUGGACAUAAAAAGAAAUCCUGGAAAUAUUUCUCAUGCUAAAAGGCAAUCAAGUUCCUUCCUCAGAAAAUCAUCACAACCAAGCCUUAAAGCAUAUAGAAACGAAACAUCUGAAAAUGUAUCCUGCAUAAUUUGUGGAAAGCUUUAUAAUAGUCGAUAUGAAAUAGCUCAUCAUAUCAAAAGAGUUCAUGAAAAAAUUAAACCACAUCAAUGUGACACUUGUGGUCGCAGUUUUUAUAGUAAAACUUGUAUUACUGCUCACGUAUUGACACACAUCCCAGAGGAGCUAAGAAUAAAGAAAUAUCAAUGCGAAUUAUGUGAAAAAUGCUUUUUUAACAAAAGAUCCUUAAAAAAACAUCAAGAAACACAUAACUUAAGGAACGUUCAAUGCGAUUUUCCGGAAUGUUCAAAAAUGUUUCAGAGCAAAAGAAGAAUGUUAGAGCAUAAAAAGAGUCACAUGUCUAAGAUGGAAAAUUCAAUGACUCAAGGAAAAACAAAUUCAAAGUCUAGCGAAGGCUGGCUAACUUGUGAAAUUUGUGGCAAACUUAUAAAAGGCGCCGUAAACACAAUUCUGCAUGUCAAAAGGAUUCACAAUAAAAGCAAAGACUAUCAAUGUGACAUUUGUGGAAAGAAAUUUUUCUCAAUAGGAUGUCUUCGUAAGCACAUGAUAGUUCACGUCCCAAAGGAGUUGAAAGUCAACAAAUAUCAAUGCGAUUUAUGUGAAAAAUUAUUUUAUACGAAAAGCUUAUUGAGAUGUCACCGAAAUGUACACACAGAAAAGAAGAUUCAGUGUGAUUACCCCGGGAAAACUAUUCUCAUUAAAAUGUUUUCUUUUAAUAAUAUAAGUGAAAAUUCAUUAUUGCCGACUCCAAAUGUCUCAGUGAACAUCGAAGAUAUUUUUUCAGAUUUCACUGAAGGAAAUCUUCUGAGGAAGUGUCGAUUAUGCUUUAAUUCUGUAGAAUCAGAAUAUAAUCAAACAAAAAUUACUGAGCAUUAUAAAUAUUUGAUAAGCAAUAUGUUAGAAAUUCAGUUCAUUUCAACAUCAAGAACUUCUGAUUUUCUUUGCCAAAGUUGUGUCUUCAAUGUCCGAAAUUUGUAUCGAUUCAAAAUGGAAAUGAAAGAUAGACAGCUUUGCCUGAGGAACUUUUUAAUUUCCAUUAACGAUUUAACUAAAUCUAUUGAAUCAAAUUCUACAAAUGAUUCCAACACCUUUUUCAUUAAAACUGAACCAGAAGAAACUCCUUCAGUGCUUUCACCACCAACUGUGGAACUAUUUUCUGAAUCUCUCUUGAAUGAUCAUCCGUAUGAAACAGAAUUCAAAACCGAAUCUCCGUCUGACGACACGACAGAAAAUGAGAUUAAUUCUGCCUCAGAUAGAAGACAAUCUAUUGAACUAUCGAAAAUAUUUCCUUACAAUGAAAGAUAUCAGAGAAUCAUUAAGGCAUAUUUAAGUAAUUCUCAUCUCCCUAAAACAAAGAUUGCAAAGCUUGUUGGAGUUCCACACUCAACUGUUCGCAGUGUGAUUCGUAGAUAUGAAUCAAUAGAGAGUCAGAUGAAUUCUGCUUUUGACAAUGAACAAAGUCGUGGUCCAUUGGAAAUGUUUCGUCACAAUAUAAACCGCCAAAGAAUCGUUGAUUUGCACCUGAAAAAUCCCAAACUUUCUCUCAGGCAGAUUGGAAAGCUUGUUGGAGUAUCACACUCACAUAUUGCCCGUGUGAUUCGUAAAUUUAAAUCAGUGGCUUCAAAUAGUGAAGAAACAGGCGAAAAUUGUGAAUAUUCCGAUUCUCAAAUAUAUGAAAAACUUUCAAAAGGCGAACAGUGUUACUUUUUUGAUACAAAAUUAACCCAAGAUAAAAAGAAAUCCGAAAUGUACAAUUUAAAAGAGCUCGAAAUCAAAAGCUUUAAAUGCGAUGACUGUGAUAGGACAUUUCGCACCAAAAAUCAAGUCAAAAGACAUUCCCUUGUUUACCAUACCAAACCUAAAUCUGAUUCUUCUGAUGCUAUGCACAAACGUGAAAAAGUUCACAUGUCGGAGAAUGAGAUGAAUUCGACCUCUGACAACAAAAAAAUGGUUGAUCCAUCGAAAAUAUUCCCUGGCAGUGCAAGUCAUCAGAGAAUUGUUGAUGUGUACUUAAAAAAUCCUCACCUUUUUGCUCGAGAUAUUGCAAAGCUUAUAGGAGUUUCACGAACAACUGUUUUUCGUGUGAUUCGCAAAUAUAAAUCAAUCACAUCAAAUAAUGAGCACACAGACGAGAGUUCUCAAUAUUAUGCUUGUGAAAUCUGUGGAAAACUUUUAAAAGGCAAACACAGUUACAAUAAUCAUAUAAAAUUAAUUCAUGAAAAAAAGAGGACUCAUCAGUGUGACAUUUGUGGACGAAGAUGUAUAAACAAAACUAAUGUAAGAUUUCAUAUGCAAGUUCACAUCCCAAAAGAAUUUAGAAUCAAAAACUUUCAGUGUGAUCACUGCGUUAAAUCUUAUGAUACGAGAGAUAAGAUCAUAAAUCACCUGUUUGCUCGUCAUAUGAAAUUCAAACUUCAUUCUUGUAAUUUAUGUGAAAAGUCUUUUUAUUCUAAAAAGUUUUUGAAACUACAUCAUGUUUCACAUAACAAAAGAAAUAUUCAAUGUGAUUAUCCAGACUGUGAAAAAAUGUUCAAAGAUAAUAAAUCAAUGAUUACACAUAAAAAAGUUCACAUUAAGGAGUUACAUGUGGAAUGUCCUUACGAGGAUUGCAACAAAUCUUAUGCAAAAAAGAAGAAUUUGGAUUUGCAUAUUUUCAUCACCCACAAAAAAAUCAAAGAAAAUUGUCCAGUUGGAAACGGAUGCAAAUUUUCGGUCGGACGAAGAGAUUACAUGAGAGCACAUCUGAAGAAACAUUCUGAACUUUCUGAAGGAGAACUGGAAAAAUAUUUCAAGCAAUUGUCAACUAUGAAUCUUUUCCAGAAACAAAAUUAAUAAGUUAAUCGUACAUAAUAUAAAUUUGAUAGAAUAAACAUAGUAUGUUGAAUGAAAUAUUCUCCAACUCGAGACAUUUA